UUUAUUAUAAAAGGAAAUUUGGGUCGUAUUACGUAGUGUUUCGUGAAGUUCAUACGUUUUACAUUAGCUUAUUUAUUGAUUAUAUUCGUAGCGUUAACGGAAUAAGCAAUAUUUCCUCUUGAAAGUGAUAAGUUGUGAAGUAAGAUUUUAUCAAGAAAUUAUUUCGAGAUUUUUUUUUAACGAGUAUGUCUGAAGGGGAGAUUUUAGCGUCUCAGAAGAAGCAGCAGCCAUUUCAACAGCCUCAGCAAUUAGGAGCGAGUUCAAUGGCGAACAUGGCGUGGCAGUAUCCUUCACCAAAUAACAUGCACGCUAUGUUUCCAUCUUACCCAGGCCAAUUGUAUGGGACAGGAUACCAAGGAGUAUCGCAUCAAGGUCAAAUGUUUAAUUAUUAUCACACGAUGAUGCCUGCCUAUGGGCAUGCUUUUAAUCCACAGCAAAUGCAGCAACAUCCGCAACAUCAGCAACAACAGCAACAGCCACAACAACAACAGUCUCUUCAGCAGCAGAAUUCACAGGCAAAUAAUCAAAUAAAACAACAACUUCAUCAACAGCCUCCAGUACCUGGAACACCCAUGACUUUAGACGACGAUUCCGAUCUUCCUCCUUUACCUCCUGGACCUCCUCCACCUCUUCAACCUACUCAACAACAUAAUCAGGUACAACCAUCAAUACAGCCUCAUUCAGGAUUUGUCUACGGUGCAUUUUCUUAUGGUAAUUGGAAUGGAAUGCAUAAUGAUAUUUCUCAAUACAAUGGACAAGUGCGGUUCAAUCUACAAAACAAAAAAGUUGGAUUAGGAUUUCCUCAAUCAGGAAACAGUGGAGCUGCAAAGAAAAAACGUAAGAGGAACAAAAAUCUAGCGGCACAAUUCAACAAUAACUUUCAGGGAAACAAUGUAACAACAAAUUUUGUAUCGGAACCUAAUCUCAAAGUGGAGUUACCACCUUUACCUCCUAUUCAACAUGAAAUAGCUGUACCCCCUCCACCCAUUGAAGAAUCUCCUGAUCCUAUUAUACCUGCCACUACAGCAGUCAGUGCAUCUUCGAAUACUAGUGUUCCAGUGGGAAAUAAUCCCCCUAUUGCUUCAUCAAAUACUAAUCCAGUUGGGGAUUGGCCUGACAGCUUAAAAAAUUACGUGAACAGGUGUUAUGAAAAGUGUAAAACAGCAGUUGACAAGGAUCAGGUUGAAAUAAUACUAAAAGGGAAAAUAACACGAGCUGCUAAUGAUGGCUCGCUUUGGGUAAAAGAUUGGGACAAAGAGCCUUUACCUAGUAUACACAGUGAACGUAUGACUAUGACGAUAAAGCCUCAGAAGCCAGCAUUAAAAUUAAAUAAUCCUUUAGCCAAUCCAUUGGCCAAUACACAGGGAGGCUUGCGCAAGUCAGGGCUUUCAACUUCUCUUGGAGCUAGGCUUGGCGCGCGUCUCUCUGUGACCCAUAGGCGAUCAAGGUCGAGGUCGAGGUCGAGAUCGAGGUCUAGAUCACGAUCGAGAUCAAGGUCAAGGUCAAGAUCAAAGUCGAGGUCGAGGUCAAGAUCAAGAUCAAAGUCGAGAUCACGUUCUCAUACGCGUAGUCCCCCCUUGAGGAAGUACAGGCGUAGCACCUCCUCUUCGUCUAACGUUAGCGAUCGGGACUAUGACAGCAAAUCAUUGAAAACGAAAAAAUCAACACGAAAUAAACAAAAUCACAACAACAACAAGAAACCCAAGAAGACUAAGCAGACAAAAUCACAUUUCUAUUCAGAGUUUGGUUUAGCUACAGGCAAUAGCGAUGAACUGGGGUCCAAGGAGAAACUUCAACAACGUGCGGCACGAUUUAACGAUCCCAUUUCUAGGACAUUCAACUGUGCCAUUAGAGAUGAUCCAACCCCUGACUUUGACUUCACUGGACUUCACAUCAUUGGAACUUGCAAGGACUUAGAAAAACCUUAUUUACGCCUAACAUCGGCUCCAGCUCCAUCUGCAAUUCGACCGGUAAGUGUUCUUCAAAAUUCGUUGGCCUAUGUCAAGAAUCGUUGGGUAGUGGAACAAGACUACAGAUAUGCUUGUGAUCAAUUAAAAUCUAUACGACAAGAUCUUACCGUGCAAGGUAUCAGAGAUGCAUUUACUGUCCAUGUUUAUGAAACCCACGCUCGUGUAGCUUUAGAACGUGGAGAUCAUGAAGAAUUUAAUCAAUGUCAAACACAAUUAAGAAUGUUAUAUCAAGAUGUGGGUGGUGAAAAUAGAUGCGAGUUUGUGGCAUACCGUAUUUUAUAUUAUAUUUUUACAAAAAAUACUUUAGAUUUAACAACAAUUUUAGCAUCACUUACUAAUGAAGAUAAAAAGGAUGAAUGUAUUAAACAUGCAUUGAAAGUUCGUUCAGCAUGGUGGCUGGGUAACUUUCAUGCUUUAUUCAAGUUAUACAGAAAUGCACCAAGAAUGGCUGCCUUUCUGAUGGAUUGGUUUGCUGCCAGAGAACGCAAGAUUGCUUUGAAGCAAAUGAUAAAGUCUUACCGGCAAAAUUUGGCGGUUGAUUUCAUCGUAGCAGAAUUGGCCUUUGAAACAUUGGACAAGUUCUAUGAAUUUGUCAGUGAAUUUACGUUGGUUUAUGCUGAUCCUGAACGGCGUCUAAUCGACUGUAAAACAAGCAGUGGUUGUCUAGGUGGUUGGUAAAGAAAUAUUUUUCUUACCUAAUUCGCUGUAAAUCAUUAAGCGAUCGGCACUCUCUAUAUGUAUAAAUAUGUAUAUGCAUACGUUUUCUAAUUUGACAUAAUACAUACGUGUAACUUCUUAUUUGCACGUUCAUAUGCAUAUGCAUAUAUUCCAAAGUUUGAGCGGGUUCAUUUAUUUUUUUUGCUUGAAGGGCUGAUAUAAACCAAUUCUUUUGAAUAAUUUCCAAUCAUUGUCAUCGAUUGGGAAUGGUUUACUGCCUGAGCAAAACCUUACUAUUUGAAACAUUCUUGAGGAAUUUGUAUAUACUAUUCUUAUGCGCAUCAAGGAUAAAUCUUCUGGAUUUGUGAAUUAUAAAAACAAACACGAAAAAAGAGCUAGAAAGAUCAAAUAGUUUCUUAAUUUGUAUCUUGUAUUUCUCAAUCAGAUUCGAUAUGAAACCGAAAAUGGUGAAGAAUCAAUUGGAGAUGGCAAGAAAUUUGUUUUCUUCGUAAAAGGUUUCUUUUCUUCUUUGUUUCCUAUUGUUGGGUUUAUAAACAAAAUAGCCCAUAUUUUUCUCUUUAUCAUCUGGUGCCAGGUAAUUCAAUGAAUUAUUCGAAUUAUUGGUUAAAAUAUGUAGAUCAUUCUUUUUUCUACAUGUUUUAUAUGAAGAUAAAAUAACCAAUUAUAAGAAGAGGAACAUAUUUCUGAAGAUUUUGAUGUGUGUGUCUGUGACAAACUAUUGUUUUCAUCGCUAAUCAAUAAACGGACUACUCUUAUUCAAUUCAACAAGUGUUUUCUCAUAGAAUGUCUGCACUUAUUCUCUAUGGGAAGGGAGAAAAAAUUGUGACAUUUCGCAGACAGAGACUAUAAGGCAUACAAAAAUAAGUGGUGAUUGAGAUUCAAUACAAGAAGAUUUAUAGAACACAAUGAUUAACUAUCAAGGAUGAUGCGAAGUUCCUGUGUUCUUUUUAGGAAAAUAAAAAAAAAAUAUAAAAUAAUAAAAAAAAUAACACCAGCAAGAAAAACAACUUUAAUAUCAAUUUUUUAUGCUGGACAUUUGUAUAUAUAUAUAUAUAUAUCUCUCAUAUGAAUCAACCAAGUUCUAGUUUUAUAAUAUUUAGUUCAAAGAAGUAAUUAAAAGUCAUUGGCUUGUUAUUCGAUUAAGAAAAACAAACCUUUUCUUAAGGUUAAAGGAAUAUGUAAGAUUUUUAAAUUGGGGGAAGGUAGAUAUUUAAUUGUAAGAUAUAAAAUACGUGUAUACUGUUGUGCAUAAUAAAUUAUUUAAUUUUCCGAACAUUUUGUGUUAUAUAAAUCAAAUCUAAACGCACUUUCAGUUUAUUAAUUGCGACUUGUUUCAUCAUUUAUCAAUACCUGUGUUAUAAAUCAUAAAUUGGGCAUUAUAUGUAUGUGCUUUAUCAUAUACAUAUUUGUUAUAGAAAUAUUAUCAAUGUAGUGAUGCUAUUGUAAUAUGUAACAAAUAAUAUAAG